AUGCAACCAUGUAUGAUAUGUCAUGGAAGCUAUGGCAAAAAAAGUGGUCGUAGUAAAAAAUGGAGGGAAAUGCUGAAGCUACCCCCUGUCAGCCAGUGCAGCGAGCUUAGACAUUCCAUUGAAAAGGAUUAUAGCAGUCUUUGUGACAAGCAACCAAUAGGAAGACUUCUCUUCAGGGAAUUCUGUGAUACACAACAUGAUCUAAAAGGAUGCAUUGAAUUCCUGGAUGCAGUGGCGGAAUAUGAAGUCGCUGCAGAUGAGGACCGGAGAAACUGUGGACUGCAGAUCAUAGACAUGUUCUUCGGUGCCGAGUCAGCAGUCCCUUUACCAGAAAUACCUUCCCAUGUUUUGAGAGAAUGUCGGUUGAGACUGAAGCAGAACCCCGGCAAGGACGACUUUGAGGAAUGCACCAGAAUUAUCCAUAACUAUUUAAGUGGAGAACCAUUUGGAGAAUACCAAGAAAGCCCAUAUUUUUCUCGAUUUCUACAGUGGAAAUGGCUGGAAAGGCAACCAGUAACAAAGAACACAUUUAGGCAUUACAGAGUUCUAGGAAAAGGCGGAUUUGGUGAGGUUUGUGCGUGUCAAGUGCGGGCUACAGGAAAGAUGUAUGCGUGUAAGAAGCUGGAGAAAAACAGAAUAAAGAGGAGGAAAGGUGAAGCCAUGGCUCUCAGCGAAAAGAGAAUCCUAGAAAAAGUGCAUAGCAGAUUUGUAGUUAGUUUGUCCUACACUUAUGAAACCAAAGAUUCCUUGUGCUUGGUGCUAACCAUUAUGAAUGGAGGGGACUUGAAGUUUCACAUCUACAACCUGGGCAACCCUGGCUUUGAUGAGCAGAGAGCUAUUUUCUAUGCUGCCGAGCUGUGCUGUGGUUUGGAGGAUUUACAGAGGGAAAGAAUUGUGUACAGAGACUUAAAGCCUGAGAAUAUUCUCCUCGAUGACCGUGGGCACAUCCGGAUCUCAGACCUGGGUUUAGCCAUGGAGAUCCCGGAAGGGGGGACCAUCCGAGGAAGAGUGGGGACCGUCGGCUACAUGGCUCCUGAAGUUAUCAAUAAUGAACACUAUACAUUUAGUCCUGAUUGGUGGGGACUUGGCUGUCUGAUAUAUGAAAUGAUUGAGGGACAUUCUCCAUUCAGAAAAUUCAAAGAGAAAGUCAAGCGAGAGGAGGUGGACCGAAGAGUGAGGAAGGACACCGAGCAGUAUUCGGAGAAGUUUUCGGAAGAUGCCAAGUCUAUCUGCAAGAUGUUACUCACCAAGAAUCCCAAACAGCGGCUGGGCAGCAAGGCUGGAGCGGCAGAAGUGAAAGCUCACCCCGUGUUCAAGGACAUUAAUUUCAAGAGGCUGGAAGCAAAUAUGUUAGAUCCGCCUUUCUGUCCUGAUCCGCAUGCCAUUUACUGUAAGGACGUUGUGGAUAUCGAGCAGUUCUCCACGGUGAGAGGAGUCUACCUGGACACCACGGAUGACACGUUCUACAGUCAGUUUGCUACGGGCUGUGUCUCCAUCCCCUGGCAGAAUGAGAUGAUCGAAUCGGGUUGUUUUAAGGACAUCAAUGAAGAGGAGCCUGAAGAAGACAUGGUGUUGAAUAUAGAAGAGAAAACGUAUCCCAGACCGAAGAGAGGCUUCUUCUACAGACUCUUCAGGAGAGGGGGCUGCAUUAGCGGUGGCCCCAGCAAGAAGGAAGAGUUGCCCGCAAAUCUGUGA